CGAGCCGGAUAUAUAUAUAUUUAUUUAUAUUUAUAUUUUUUUUUAUCUGGGGGUAUAUAUACUUAAAGUUUAGGUUUUUUUCAAAUACUUAGGGUUUUCUGUUUCCACUCUUCAGUCAACAAAGAUGCGACGGAAAACCUUACAACCCCACCCCAAGGUCGACGAUCGCACCACCCAAAUCAACGAACCAGUCGCCGAUCUUCCUGGACCUCCUCCUUCUCUGCACGGGAACUGUUCUAGUAAAGCAGAUGUAAAUCAGCCAAGUAUUCAAGUGGGCACAGAGGGCAAUGAUAAGCAAGCUGAAGAUCCUAUAGUUAUUCAUGAAGAAGAGCAGAACCCAUUUGAGAAGAAGGCCAGAAAAAAAAACGUCACAUGUUUGGGAUGACUUUGAUACCGUGACUCUUCCAGAUGGAAGCAAAAAGUCUCAGUGUAAGUUUUGCAAACAAGCAUAUUGCACUCAAGUUUCUGGUCCUACUACUCAACUGAUUAGACAUUUAAAUAAUUGUGUGCAACGUAAACUUGCUCUUGGAAACGUAGAGAAAAAGCAAAAGACGUUAUCAUUUGAGACCAUUGAAUCUGAUAGUGUAAAUCUUACAACCUUUAAGUAUGACCAUGCAAAAGUGAGAGAAGCUGCUUCGCAUAUGUUACUUUAUCAUGAGUAUCCUUUUAUGCAUAUGGAACAUGUUUUAUUUAACAAGUUCAUGAGGACUGUCAGUCCAUAUUGGCAAAAGAUUAGUCGAACCACUGCAAAAAAUGAUAGCCUCAUGACUUACAAUUUACAAAAGAAGAAGUUGGUGACAACGUUGAAGUAUGUUAAUAGAAUUAGCAUCACAACGGACUUAUGGAAGUCGGACAAAAGAUCCAUUAUAUGGUUGUGACUGGUCAUUUUAUCGAUGGUGAUUGGAAGCUCCAAAAGCGUGUACUCAACUUUUGCUAUGUGCCACCUCUACAUUCUGGGGUAGUAAUUGCUGAUGCUCUUUACAAGUGUAUAACUGGUUGGGGCAUCGAAAAUAAGGUGGCUAGCAUAACAGUGGAUAAUGCUUCAAACAAUGAUCUCGCUUUGAAGAAUUUGCAAGGGACGUUCAAGUUGUUGAAGAAAAAGUUACUCUUUGACGGUAAGCUUUUUCAUGUGCGUUGUUGCGCGCACAUACUUAAUCUCAUGGUGCAAGAUGGACUUAGUGUAAUUGGGGGAGUUAUUGAAUGUGUUCGGGAAGCGGUGAAGUACUUAGUUGCAUCUGAACCUCGCCUUAUUCAAUUUAGUGAGAUUGCUAAACAGUUGCAAUUGCCUUCGAAAAAACUAAUAUUGGAUUGCCCUACUCGAUGGAAUUCAGCUUAUUUGAUGUUGUCUGCUGCCUUGGAGUUCAAGGAUGUUUUUCCUAGGUACAGUGAAAGGGAUUUGAGUUUCGCCUAUGUGCCUAGCUAUGACGAAUGGGAGAAAGUUGAGAGGGUGUGUCAAUUUUUGGAGAUUUUUAAUGAUGUCACAAAUAUUAUCUCGGGAAGUGAGUAUCCAACUUCUAAUUUGUUUCUCACUGAGGUUUGGAGGAUAAAAGAAAUCUUGGAUAAAAUUAUAGAGGACAGUGACGAUUGCAUUCGAUUGAUGGCGAUAAGGAAGAAGUUGAAAUUCGACAAGUAUUGGGGUGAGAGUAAUCUAUUGAUGGGUCUCGGUGCAAUAUUGGAUCCAAGAUACAAAAUGGUUCUACCUAGGUUUUGUUUUCCUGUGAUAGACAAUGAUCCUCAAAAAAAGGUUUCUUAGUUGAAGGACAGUCUCUAUGAGCUUUACAAUGAGUAUGUUGCUAUGCACUCCCAAGCAUACAAUGAACUGAUUUCUCAACAAAGCACAACAGAAGCUGAUUCUCUCAACAGUGCUUUGCUCGGUAGAAAGGUUGUUACGGGUAGAUCCAAAUACGAGUCUUUUGUUAGGCAGUCUGAUAGCAUUCAACCGGUGAAAUCUGAUUUGGACAUUUACUUGGAAGAAGGUGUCUAUAUAUGUCAACAAGGCAUGGAUUCCCAAUUUGAUGCAUUAGAGUGGUGGAAAGCAAAUAGUCUCAAGUAUCGUAUACUCUCCAAGAUGGCACGUGAUAUAUUGUCUAUUCCUAUUACCUCGGUGGCUUCAGAGUCCACAUUUAGUGCGGGAAGUAGGGUUAUCGAUCCAUAUCGUGCAUCAUUGGCUACAGAACUGUUGAAAUACUACUUUGUGGGGCUGACUGGGUACGUGCAUAUCAUGGACUAAAGAAGGGAUCCGAUGUGGUGGCUGUUUUGCAAGUAACAUGGAAAUGGACAAUCACUUUUGGCGCGUUAUCGACUCAAGACAUUUUGGCAUUGGGGUUUUUUGAUGGAUUGUUCUAUUUUGUGAUGCUAUUGAAUACUGAUAUGUAGUUAUAUGUUUAGAGGUUGGAAGCAAAGACAUUUGGUAUAUAUGAAUCUGUGGUGGCUGUUUUGCAAGUAACAUGGAAAUGGACAAUCACUUUUGGCGCGUUAUCGACUCAAGACAUUUUGGCAUUGGGUUUUUUUGAAGGAUUGUUCUAUUUUGUGAUGCUAUUGAAUACUGAUAUGUAGUUAUAUGUUUAGAGGUUGGAAGCAAAGACAUUUGGUAUAUAUGAAUCUGUGAGUUUAAUUGUUUUGAUGGAUUAAUGGAUAGUAGAUAGUAGAUACUAAUUCUUAUUUCACUUAUUUAAUGCAUCAGGUGGUGGCUGUUUUGCAAGAAACAUGGAAAUGGACAAUCACUUUUGGCGCGUUAUCGACUCAAGACAUUUUGGCAUUGGGGUUUUUUGAAGGAUUGUUCUAUUUUGUGAUGCUAUUAAAUACUGAUAUGUAGUUAUAUGUUUAGAGAUUGGAAGCAAAGACAUUUGAUGGCUGAUUGACUGUUUUUUUUUUUUUUUUGUAAGAUCCCAUAUUUUGGUGAACUUUGAUAUAUUAGGGGAUCUUAUUUGUUCCAGGCUUGCACCAUUGUUUUUGUGAAUGGUGCUUCAUGUAUAUUCUUACUUUGGUUCU